GAAGGACUCAAUGAUGUUCAGGAGAUGAUCAAGACAGAGAAGCCACAUCCAGAGCGCCGACUGCGAGGGGUCCUGGAGGAGCUGAGCAGUGGGUGCUUGGUGUUCAUGUCACCCCCCUGUCCCCCAGGCGCUUCGUCACUCUUGGCUGAGAAGGAUCAGCACCACCCAUCCCGCACCAGGCUGGACAGGGAAAGGCUCAAAUCCUGCAUGCGGGAGCUGGAGAACAUGGGGCAGCAAGCCACGGCCCUGCGCUCACAGGUGAAGAAGAACACCAUGAAAGAGAAGAUGAAGCUGGUGCAAAAACUUCCUGCAGAAACUCCGGUUCUUGCAGAUGAGCCCCAGCACAGCAUUCCUGACAUCUUCAUCUGGAUGAUGAGCAGCAACAAGCGCAUCGCCUACGCCCGCAUCCCUGCCAAGGACAUCCUCUACUCCAUCGUGGACGAGGAGAUGGGCAAGGACUGUGCCAAAGUGAAAACCAUCUUCCUCAAGCUACCUGGGAAGAGGGGCUUUGGACCUGCUGGCUGGACAGUUCAGGCCAAGAUGGAGAUGUACCUGUGGCUGGGCCUCAACAAGCAACGCAAAGACUUCUUGAGUGGCCUGCCCUGUGGCUUCGAGGAGAAGAAGAUCACCAGAGGCCAAAACCUGCCAUCCUUCCCACCCAUCAGCCUCCUCUACACCAAGAAGCAAGUUUUCCAGCUGAGAGCCCACAUGUACCAAGCCAGGAGUCUGUUUGCAGCUGACAGCAGUGGCCUCUCAGACCCAUUUGCAAGAGUCUUCUUCAUCUCCCAGAGCCAGUGCACGGAGGUGCUCAAUGAGACCCUUUGCCCAACCUGGGACCAGCUGCUGGUCUUUGACAACGUGGAGCUGUAUGGAGAAGCCCACGAGAUGAGGGAUGAUCCCCCCAUCAUUGUCAUCGAGAUCUAUGACCAGGACACAGUGGGCAAAGCUGACUUCAUGGGCCGUACCUUUGCCAAACCCGUGGUGAAGAUGUCUGAUGAGCACUACUGCCCCCCACGCUUCCCCCCCCAGCUGGAGUACUACCAGAUCUACAGGGGCAACUCCACAGCUGGUGACCUCCUGGCUGCCUUCGAGCUGCUCCAGAUUGGCCCUGGAGGCAAGUCUGACCUUCCCCCCAUUGAUGGCCCAACAGAACUGGACCGAGGUCCCAUCCUGCCGGUGCCACUGGGGAUUCGGCCGGUGCUGAGUAAAUACAGAGUGGAGGUCUUGUUCUGGGGGCUGAGGGAUCUGAAGAGAGUGAACCUGGCCCAGGUGGACCGGCCCCGUGUGGACAUUGAGUGUGCUGGGAAGGGGGUGCAGUCAGCCCUCAUCCAGAACUACAAGAAAAACCCCAACUUCAGCACUUUGGUCAAGUGGUUUGAAGUGGACCUCCCAGAGAAUGAGCUUCUCCAUCCCCCCCUCAACAUCCGGGUGGUGGAUUGCAGAGCUUUUGGGCGUUACACCCUGGUGGGCUCCCACGCCGUCAGCUCCCUCCGCAAGUUCAUCUAUCGCCCAGCGGAGAGGAAAGCCCAGCACUGGAACAUGACAGCUAAACACCUCAAUGGCUCCCUGGCCAUGGCCAACAGGACCCAUCGCUCUCACCCCACAGGGGAGAUCGUGGUCAAUAUGGAACCUGAGGUUCCCAUCAAGAAGAUGGAGACGAUGGUGAAGCUGGAAGCUAACUCUGAUGCAGUGGUGAAGGUGGACGUGUCUGAGGAAGAGAAGGAGAAAAAGAAGAAGAAGAAGAAAGGAGGGGGAGGAGAAGAAGUAGAAGAGGAGGAGCCAGAUGAGAGCAUGCUGGACUGGUGGUCCAAGUAUUUUGCUUCAAUUGAGACCAUGAAGGAGCACCUCCGGCAGCAGGAAGCGGCGGCAGCAGAGGCAGAGGAGAAGGAAGAUCUGGAGAUUGCAGAAGGCUUCAAGAGUCAGGUGAAGAACAAGGAGAAGUCCAAAGCACCCAAGGAGGACAGGAAGAAGAAGCAGCAGCCAGUCCCUGAGGUCCCAGAGAAGAAGAACAAGCAGAAGAUUGAGGAGCUGAAGGUCUUCAACAAAGAGCUGGAAACUGAGUUUGAUAACUUUGAGGACUGGCUGCACACCUUCAACCUGCUCCGUGGGAAGAUUGGGGACAACGAUGACAAUGCCACAGAAGAAGAGAGGAUCGUGGGGAGGUUCAAGGGCUCCAUGUGUGUCUACAAAGUCCCACUGCCCGAGGAGGUCACCAAGGAGGCAGGAUAUGACCCCAACUUUGGGAUGUUCCAGGGGAUCCCCAGCAAUGACCCCAUCAACGUGCUGGUCCGGGUCUACGUGGUGAGGGCCACGGACCUUCACCCAGCUGACAUCAAUGGGAAAGCUGACCCCUACAUCGCCAUCAAACUGGGGAAGACAGACAUUAAAGACAAGGAGAACUACAUCUCCAAGCAGCUGAACCCUGUUUUUGGAAAAUCCUUUGACAUUGAGGCCACCUUCCCCAUGGAGUCCAUGCUGACAGUGGCCGUGUACGACUGGGACUUGGUGGGCACCGACGACCUCAUUGGGGAGACCAGGAUUGACCUGGAGAACCGGUUCUACAGCAAGCACCGAGCUACCUGUGGGGUGGCACAGACCUACUCCAUACAUGGUUAUAACACCUGGCGUGACCCCAUGAAGCCCUCCCAGAUCCUCUCCAAGCUCUGCAAAGAGGGCAAGGUGGAUGGGCCCCACUUUGGGCCAGGAGGAAGAGUGAAAGUUGCCAACAGGGUCUUCACUGGCCCCACGGAGAUCGAAGAUGAGAACGGUCAGAAGAAGCAGACAGAUGAGCACUUGGCCCUGGCUGUGCUGCAGCACUGGGAGGACAUUCCCUGGGCAGGCUGCAAGCUGGUCCCUGAGCACGUGGAGACACGGCCCCUGCUGCACCCCGACAAGCCGGGCAUCGAGCAGGGCCGCCUGGAGAUGUGGGUGGACAUGUUCCCCAUGGACAUGCCAGCUCCCGGCCCUGCCAUUGACAUUUCCCCCAGGAAACCAAAGAAGUACGAGCUGAGGGUGAUAGUGUGGAACACAGACGAGGUUGUCCUGGAGGAUGAUGAUUACUUCACCGGAGAGAAAUCCAGUGACAUUUUUGUCAGAGGGUGGCUGAAGGGUCAGCAGGAGGACAAGCAAGACACAGAUGUCCAUUACCACUCUCUGACGGGGGAGGGCAACUUCAACUGGCGUUACAUCUUCCCCUUUGACUACCUGGUGGCAGAGGAGAAGAUUGUCAUCUCCAAGAAGGAGUCCAUGUUCUCCUGGGAUGAGACUGAGUACAAGAUCCCAGCUCGCCUCACCCUGCAGGUCUGGGAUGCUGACCACUUCUCAGCUGAUGAUUUCCUGGGGGCCAUCGAGUUGGAUCUCAACCGGUUCCCCCGGGGGGCCAAGACCUCGAAGCAGUGCAGCCUGGAGAUGGUGACCAAGGAGGCAGAGCUGCCCAUGAUCUCCAUCUUCAAGCAGAAGAGGGUGAAGGGCUGGUGGCCAUUCGUGGCCAGAGAUGAGAACGAUGAGCUGGAGGUCACGGGGAAGGUGGAGGCUGAGCUGCACCUCCUGACCGCAGAGGAGGCUGAGAAGUCCCCGGCUGGGCUGGCACGGAAUGAACCUGAUCCCCUGGAGAAACCCAACCGCCCGGACACGUCCUUCAUCUGGUUCCUGAACCCCCUCAAGUCCAUCAAAUACCUCAUCUGCACACGCUACAAGUGGCUCAUCAUCAAAAUCGUGCUGGCCCUCCUGCUCCUCAUCAUGGUCGCCCUCUUCCUCUACAGCAUGCCAGGCUACAUGGUCAAGAAGCUGCUGGGAGCAUGA